AUGACGUCUGUUCUAGCCAAUUAUCCGGUCAAUUACCCGAAUUUCGUUGAGGAACAGGUAUUUUCUUUGAUUUUUUUCUUGCUGGUAUAUGAUUAUAAAGCCCCAGAAGAGAAAGAGAACGAAGUUGAAUAAAAAUAUGUUGAAUAAGAAAUUUUCUAGCUUUUUAUUGAUUUUGAGAAGCUCAAAAACUUUCAAUUGAAAAAAGAAUUCAGAAAAAGUAGCUUUCCGUUUCAAAUUUGAAAAAAAAUACCCUAAAAAUGUAUCAAUAGCGCAGGAUUGACCUUGAAAAAUAGCCACAACUUGAAAAUUUUUAAAUUAAAAUCAAAAUUAUUCCAACUUUUCGUGGUUGCCUAGUUAGAGGCUUGAAGCCUUAAGAUAAACUUGAUCAUCUUCUGAAAACUUCAAAAAUUAGCCUCAGAGCGAGAAUAAAUUAUGAAAAAAGCCAUAACCCUCUAGAAAGGUCUAUAGGUCCAAAAAAAUUGCUCAGUCGUUCUUUUAGAAAUUUUUUUUUAUUAAAUGGGGCUAUCCAACUCAUAAAAAAGGUAGAUUCACUAAAUUCAUUUCUCAGAGCCUGAAAAAAUCAAAAAAGCUUUAAAAGAAAUGAUUUUAGGGCGAAAUUCGCAGAGCCUUGGCUCCAACUUCCCAUGGCAACUUCUUCCAAUGGAGAUGAAGCACGAGAUCACUCGAAGGAUGGAUUUUUCGACAAAGUUCUUAUCAAUUUCCUGAAGAAAAUUCUAAAAAAAUACAUUCCAGGAGGAGAUUUUCAUUCUUAUCGCUAGAAACAUGGAACGUUUGCAAAAAAAGGCUCCAACUUUUUUUCGAUUCUUUGGAAAUCGUGGACAGUUAUUGGAAUCGGCCGGAUAUGCCAAAGGUUUGAAAAAUUUCCUUAAUUAUUUAAAAAUAUGUUUUUUUCUAGCCAACUUACCUGAUUUGGGGCAAAAAAAAAGAAAAAGAAAAAAACUUUGUUUCUGUCCAUGAACUUCGGAAAAAAACUGACUAAAUUCAAAAAAAUCUUAAAUUCUUAUGAAUCCGAUAGUGGUCCCUAUAGGGGUUAAAGGGGAGAAGAUCCCUAUAGUGAUCGAAAAAAGCGGCCCAUAUAGGGGUAAAAUUAAGGUGGUCCCUAUAGGGGUUCAGGGUCUGAUCUCUUAGUUUCUAAAACUCAAGUGGAUCCUAUAGGGAUGAAGGGGAGAUCAACCCCUAUAGUGAUCGAAAAAAGCGGCCCCUAUAGGGGUAAAAUUAAGGUGGUCCCUAUAGGGGUUCAGGGUCUGAUUCCUUAUCCCCUAAAACUCAUGUGAACCCAAUAGGGAUGAAGGGGAGAUCAACCCCUAUAGUGAUCGAAAAAGAGGUCCCUAUAGGGAUUAAAUUAAGGUAGUCUCUAUAGGGGUUCAGAGUCUGAUUCCUUAUCUCCUAAAACUCAAGUGGAUCCUAUAGGGAUGAAGGGAAGAACAACCUCUAUAGAGGCUGAAAAAAUGGUCCCUACCAGAGUCUGAUUCCUUAUCCCCUAAAGCUCAAGUCUUACAAUUUCGUUCAAAAACACUUAUUUGUUCAGUUUUCCCCAUGGAAAAGCUUCUUCGCUAAAUUAUCAAACCAGUUAUUGACUAGCAUGCCCCCUAUAGGGGCCACUUACUAAAACCCCUAAAGGGACCACUUUUGCAAGCUUUAUUGGUCCCUAUAGGGGUUCGUAAAGUCGUCCCUCCCAGAGCCCUUAUGGUCGCCCCUAUAGGGACCACUCUGGAGUUCCUCAGUUCUUUCAAGAUAAAUUCAACUAAAAUAAUUUAUUGACUUGAAAAUGUUACGCCCGUCUGCGCUCUCUUCAACUCUCGACCGAACAAUUUCCAUGGGCUGGUGAGAGAACAAGAGAGCGCAGACCAGCCUGAAUUUUUUCUCAAUUUUUCUUCAGUUCAUCAAAAUCUGCGCCACCGUGAAACGGCAGCACUGUGAGCAAUACACUUUCCGGUUUAUCGAUCGAGGAUUUGUCAAUUGCGAAGUCGAAAAGUCAAUCAAAAAAUCAUACAAAAAAUGGUCAAAUUUUCCAGAAUCUACACGACGGAUUACAAAAACCCGCGCACCGACGUCGCCAUUUACAACGGCGAGAAUUUCAAACAAAUGGCUUUUCGAUUUUUGAGCCGAUUUCUGAAGGAGAAUCGCUUCGACCACGUUGAAUACAUGACGGUUCGUGGAUUUGAAAGAGAUUUCGAGUUUUCUUCACAAAAUACAGUGUAAAUAAUGAUCUUUAUAUUUUUUGUGUUCAUUCGAAAAUUGUCCGUAGAGCACAUAUUCGCCUUUUGCUUGGCUAUUUUUUCAUGUUUUUUUUGGUCUACUUUAAUGAGUCUUAUCAAUUUCUAAGGGGUUUUCAGUGAGUUUCCAGAAAAUUUGUCCUUAGAGCGCAUAUUCGCCUUUUUCUUGACUAUUUUUCUCAUAUUUUUAUAUGUUUGCUUUAACGAUUCUUAUCGACUUCUAGGGCUUUUUCAAGCGAGUUCAAAGGAAAUUUGUCAUUGGGGCGCAUAAUCUUCGCCUUUGUGAGGCUAUUUAUUCUCAUAUUUUUAUUAAGCUUUUUCAAUAAUUUUUUUAAGUUUUAAAACUUCUAGCCAUUUUUUGAGGUAAUUUGACUUAUAGGGAACUUUUUUGAACACUCAAAUUUUUAGUUGAGUUCAAGUUUAGAGCUUGCAAAUUUUUUUUAAAUAUCUGUUUUCAAAUCGAUUAUCCUUUUGCAGCUACAUUUUUCGAUAAAAAUCUAUAUUUUCAGGCCUGCACCCCAUGUUUCAUGUCAAAAUUUGUCUGCAAAUCUCUCACGAUUUCAACAGUCGACGAGGCGACUUUCAAGAAAGUUUUGAACUUGGCGCCGUCUCAUUUGAGCAAACUUUCCAUGCAAUAUCUCUCCGGAUCCCUUUAUCAAGAUCGCGGAGUUCAAUACUUCAAGGAUUCCGACGUUUUCGAUCUUCCUCAGGUUCGCAAAUUUUUUUGGAACUUUUUUUCAAUUUUUUUCCUAGUGAAACAGAGAAUUUUUUUCAGAAUCAAUGAACUUAGUUGCAUUGAAAAAAAUAGAACUCAAAGUCUUAAAUUCCAGGUUUCCAACACUCUUUCCCUCAACGUCACCAACAAAUGUUCCAUGAACGACGAUCAAUUUCUACGGCUAAAAAGCGAUCGGAUCGAUUUGACAAGUGAUAAUAUCACUGAGAACGCAAUCAACAUGUAUUUAAAGGUAAGAACUUCUUUUAAAAAUCUCAAAAGUCAUUUUUUCAGGAUUGGAUCAAUGGGGUCCGGGGAAACUUGGAAUAUUUAUCGAUCCGGUGCAAAGAGGCCUUGAACUCAGCCAAUCUUUUGAAGGAUAUUGAUUUUAUUGAUUGGGAAACGGUCCGCAGGAGGAAUGGGUGGGUUUUGGAAAUUCCAAAAAUAUUCAAAUCCUGAUUGAAAUUGAUCAAAAAUCUUCAUUGUAUCACCUUCUCUAGCUCUCUUGUUUGAUUUAUUAUCAAAUAACUAUUUUUUUUUCUUUAAAAUCUGGAAUUUCAGGGCAUUCGCCACAGAAUUCGAAGCCCGCUACACGAAUGACCGACUUCAAAGCGCAAUUUUCGAAGUUUCCAGCAAAAAUAGUGGAAAAGCUUGCUUGAUCGUGUCUCCGGGACAUUUGGCCCGCUUCAUUGUUACCCAAAAAGGUGGGGCUUAUUUUGUUUGA